AUGCUAGCGGUGCACUUUGACCGGCCGGGGGGCCCCGAAAACCUUUACCUCAAGGAAGUGCCCACACCGAGACCCGGGGAGGGAGAAGUGCUCCUGAAGGUGGCCGCCAGCGCCCUCAACCGAGCCGACCUGCUCCAGAGACAAGGCCAGUACUCGCCGCCCCCAGGAGCCAGCAGCAUUUUGGGACUCGAAGCCUCCGGACAUGUGGCGGAGCUGGGGCCCGGCUGCCGGGGCCCCUGGAAGAUCGGGGACGCAGCCAUGGCUCUGCUGCCCGGCGGGGGCCAGGCUCAGUAUGUCACCGUGCCCGAGGGGCUCCUCAUGCCUGUCCCGAAGGGCCUGAGCCUGCCCCAGGCAGCGGCCAUCCCCGAGGCCUGGCUCACGGCCUUCCAGCUGCUGCACUGUGUGGGAGGCGUGAAAGAGGGCGAGACAGUGCUCAUCCAUGCUGGCACGGGUGGUGUGGGCACUGCCGCCAUCCAGCUCACCAGACUGUUUAAAGCCAUCCCCCUGGUGACCACAAGCCCCCAGGAGAAAAUCGAGAUGGCCAAGCGGCUGGGCGCUGAGGCCGGGUUUGACUACAAGACGGAGGACUUCUCGGAGGAGGCACUGAAGUUCACAAAGGGUGUGGGCGUCAACGUGAUCCUGGACUGCAUCGGGGGCUCGUACUGGGAGAAGAACGUGCACUGCCUGGCCCCCGAUGGCCGCUGGGUUCUCUACGGCCUCAUGGGGGGAGGCGAAGUCAACGGGCCGCUCCUCUCCAAGCUCCUGUGCAAGCGAGCGAGUCUGCAGGCCAGCCUGCUGCGGGCCAGGGACAAGAAAUAUAAGGAGGCGCUGGUGCGGUCGUUCACCGACAAAGUGCUCACCCACUUCUCCCCGGAGAGCGCCGUGCGGCUGCAGCCCGUGCUGGACAACACCUUCCCGCUGGCGGACGUGCGGAAGGCCCACGAGCGCAUGGAGGCCAACCUGAACGUGGGCAAGAUUAUCCUGGAGAUGCCCUGA